AUGUUGGAAACUCUUGGUGAAGACCCGACAAGGGAAGGCAUCCUGAAAACACCGCAACGUGCAGCGAAAGCCCUCCAGUUUUUGACGCAGGGAUACCACCAGAAUGUCGAAGAAGUUGUGAACGAUGCUAUCUUCAACGAAGAAUACGACGAAAUGGUCAUCGUCAAAGACAUUGAGUGUUAUAGCCUUUGUGAACACCAUCUUUUACCAUUUUUCGGCAAGUGUCAUGUUGGGUAUAUUCCUCGCAAAAAAAUCAUUGGGCUCAGUAAAAUUCCACGGAUUGUGGAUAUGUUCGCCCGCCGCUUGCAAGUGCAAGAGAGACUGACGAAGCAGAUUGCGGAAGCGUUACAGGAAGUCUUGACUCCCGCUGGGGUCGCUGUUGUCAUUGAAGCGCAGCAUCUGUGCAUGAUGGUUCGUGGCGUACAGAAGCAGCACUCACAAACGAUGACCAACGUAAUGCUCGGCGAGUUUCGAGAUAAAAAUUCGACCCGGACGGAGUUCAUGAGAUGUAUUUAG